AUGAACGGCAACCUAUUUGCUAGACUGGACAGGCUUUUGUUAGAAUUUGUUUUCCAGUGCUAGCAAGACACAAGUACUAAAGAAGAAAUAAUCCAAAGAAUUAAUAAAUGCCUUGAAGAUAUAAAAGAAAGCAAAGAAACCAUUUGUAAAAUACAAGAAGGAAUAAAUAAAACAGAUGAGGAAAUUACUCAUUACUGUAAACAUAAUGAGGAUAUCAAAGACAAAUGUAUUAACUGGAAGCCAACAUAUGAUGUUUUUCAUAAACAUGAAGAUUAUAUGCAGGGCCAAUAUACUAUUUAUCAAGAAACUAUUGAAAAAGACAAAAAGUAUCAUGGUUAUGUAAGUCAGUUUAAAGAUGUUUUAAAGCAUUACCAACUAAAAUACUCCGAAAUGCCCCUUUCACGUGACUAUUAUGAGAAGAAAAGAGAAUAUGAAGAAAUUAGAAGUCGAGUGUCAGCAUGUACUGAGCAACUAAAAACAAAUGAGACGAUCCUUACGCAACUUACAGUGCCUGCACCCUUUCCAUCUCUUUCUAAGUGGACAUUACACAUAGUUAAUUUGAGAUUCAAAACAAAAGAUAUCCUUAAACAUGUCAACAAUUUUACCAAAAAAUCAUCUGAAUUGAAAACAGAAAUAAAUGAAGCAGAAAUAGAAAUUAAUUAUUUAAACAAGGAGAUUGCAAGACUUUAUCAGAGUAAGAAUCUUUCAGAAACUCUGGAGGAAAACAACAAAAAUACAAGAAAGAGAAAGAAAUUGAAAGAAAGAAUUUUUGAAAAAGAUGAGCAUGCAUUCAGCAAAACUCUUCAAGGGAGUCAGUUAUAUCUGCCUUAUGAAUCUCCGAAAUUAGUAAGACCAAUAAAGAUGCAAUCUUCAGAACCAGAAGUUACAGAUGAAGAAGAAGAAAUUUUUAUGAAGCAGUCAAAGCUUUCCAGGACUGACUUUAGACAAAAAGAAAAUAAUACACAGGAUGUGUGUGCAGAACCUAGUGGCAAAGUAGAAGGAAUGACUACGAAUUUUCCACGAACUCCUGAAAUUCCUUCGUUUUUAAGAACUGAAGCCAUGACAACAGCAGAAUCUUUGGAGAAAGUGCAGCUACCUAAAACUCCCUUAUUUGAAAUAAAUAGAAUUACAGUACCUGAAGGUCAAUCACAAACGGAAUCUUCUGGAUUUUCAUUUCUUAUGAGUUAUAGUUCUAGAUCACCUGGAUUGAAUUUAUUUGAUUCUUCUGUAUUUGAUUCAGAAACAUCAUCAGAACAGCCUGGUGAACAUCAUCAUUCUGCAGUAAACUUCAAUCCUCCAUCAUCACAAGAAAUUGGAAACUUAUUUGGAAAACGAAGAGAAGAUGUGUUUACAUUUUCUUUUCCAUCUGACACUUCCAUGUGGACAUUUGGAACUAGAAAAGAUGAUUUUGUUUUUCCAUUUUCUUUUGAACAGGAUCAAAACUCUAUACCUUCCUCUUCAGAAGCUUUUUCAUCUUCUUCACAAAAUACAACACAAUUUAGUCUUUUUUGACCCAGUUCUUAGUUUUUUAGAAUUAUUUUAGUCUCUAAUCAUCUUGGUCAUACAUUUACAUUAUUACUGAAAACGUGAAGAUACUUCCUUUUGUUGAUUAAAGUAAUAGUAGAUUACUAUAGU